UGAAGUGUUGUGAACACGCUGCAGUAUGUCGUUGUCUACGCUGUACAAACGCGCUCUCGUGCGGUAUCCCGUGCUGGUGCAAUCGGUCCAAUCGGGCCUACUGAUGGGGGCCGGUGAUGUGAUUGCGCAAGGAUUCAUCGAGCGAAAGGAUUGGAAAUCAUUCGACGGUAUGCGUGCCUUCAAGUUCUUCGGUAUUGGAUUCUGUGUCGGUGGGCCAGGAUUACGGAAGUGGUACGGUGUGCUGGAUCGACACAUCGGAAGCGCCGGUGGCAGUAAAGCAAUUACCACACUGAAGAAAGUUGCUCUUGAUCAGCUAAUCUUUGCACCGAUCUUUCUGGGCACACUGAUCGGGACGAUUGGUUUGCUGCAAGGGCACAAUAUGGUCGAAAUUAAGCACAAGUUGCGCCACGAGUAUGGGGACAUUCUGCUGACAAACUACUACAUCUGGCCGUGGGUACAGUUGGCAAACUUCUACCUAGUGCCGCUAAACUACCAGGUGCUGCUCGUGCAGUCGGUGGCUGUGUUCUGGAAUACGUACCUGUCCUGGAAGACAAAUCAAAGCGAAGGUGGUAAGCAUGGAGCGGUGAAAUCGGUUGUCGCACAUGAGUCGCCACUUGCUGCGGCCGGAGAGGAAACUGUUGCUACGUAA